AUGCAGAAGAGAGCCUUCGCUCAGCAAUACGGUGAAUUCUGGUACAUCUCCAAAGAUCCUUCCGAGGGCGGAAAUGCCCUCCUGAAGGGCCUGAGCUCACUUAAGAAGAAGCUCAUAUCUGACAAGAAGGCGGAAAAGGAAGUUCCUCUCAACGAGGUGGUCGUCGACCUCUUGGACUGGACCAAUUCCUGUUAUGGCAGUCAUCUCAGAUCAGCGGAACCAUUGGAACUGCAUACUCUAGCGUCAAGUGUUCUCGCAUUGCUCUGGGAUUGCAAGAGGGAAAUAGACCGGAUAGACCGGAUAGACCGGAUGGAGGAGUAUCAUAAGUACGUGGAAAAGGUCAAAGCUACGGGGGACAUCGUGGACUUUCUGAAUUCACUGCUUACUGCGAAGGAUUCCUUCCAGGAUCCAAUUGUUACUGGUCCCAAUGACAAACCGGUCAGGUUUGAGUUGUUCAGCAAGAAGAGUGUGUUGCUGAUUAUUUCGCAUCUAAAGAUCUCUAUGGAUGACAUUGAGACUCUCAGGAUCAUUUAUGAAGAUCCUCAACGCCUUCGAAAAAGCCCUAAAGAGGACGACCAGGAAGAUGGUAAUAACCCUAUUCAAACCGAGAAGGAGACGCUCUAUGAGCUUGUUUGGAUCCCUAUUGUGGAUGGAAGGCUCAAGGACUGGAAGCACUGCCAAAUUUGA